ACUCCAGUCCAUCAUUAAAAAUCCAAAUGGAUCCAUAUUCUCCAAAGUUCAUGGCUUUGAAAAGGUCUUAAUGAUCUGCUGAAAACACCACAAAUGAUGUUUAAAAAAUGUAAUUCCUACAAAGUGAAACCGAAAUGUACACAAAUAACUUUAAAUUAAAGUGCGGAAUGUGCACUUUAAUCAUGUUUGAAUUGUUUGAUUUGAAGUUUUAAACUCUGGAGCAGAGUGGUAAAUGAAGGAAAAUGUGUCUUUGUCCCAAACAUUCUGGAGGGUACUGUAUUUAUGAACAGGCAAUAUAAGUGUAUACUAAGAAACUGAGUAUGUAAGUAUGGCAUACGUGUAUAUCCCAUGCACGGUGUGAAUAAGGUCCCCACGUAUAGCUUUAAUGCUGAGGAUUCUCGCAUUUUCUGCGCUGGACAUUUUACGCAGGAUCGUGAUGAUAUGGUGACUCUGAUCCUGCUCUUAUAUUUCUUAGCCCAUCUCUACCGGCAGGGGGCGUAGCAGCGUCGCCCAGCUUGCGUCGAGUGGAUGGGCGGUCGUUUAGCCGGAGAUGCUGGGAGCGGCGUGACGGAGACGAUGGGCAGGGAUACAGUGAGAUAACGCGCUUUCUUUGUUUUAUACUCGUGGUCUUUGAUGUUUAUUAAGCUUCGUCGUUGUGGGGGGAGAAUAUCGCCUCGCGUUUUAUGUUUUGAUGCGAUAUUGAUUGUAAUUAACAUACUGACUGCCAGCCGCUGGGCGCCGGCCGAAAGCAUCGCUUAGCGUCUUGACAGCUAUGGUACCCUGCUGCUCCGGCCAGAAACCAGUUUUACAGGCGGUGCAGGUUCUGCGAAAGUAACGGAGCAUUAAUCCACGUCUCUAGGCCCUGGACAAAGGCAGGAGAAAGCUGUGCCUCUCCGGUUAAUCGUGUAAAACCAUUUCGGCAACUGAAACCCCCCCUUCUCCGGGGCUGUUUUACUGACCUGAUCUGGGAUAUGUUCGGAUUGCCAUAUUUAUUAUAACAUUUACCACAUAGACAAUUACAGCCUGGUUCAGGAGCCUCAUUCAAAUAAACUCGCGCGUGCACAUAAAUAUUUAUGUAUGUGCUUCCUUAAAAUGCACGCGAUUUAUCUUCGAAUAAAUCACUAUAUUUUAGCACUUGUUUAAAGAUUAAACAAUAAUAAUAUUAUUAUAGUCAUAAUAAAGUGAUUCUUUAGGGAUUUUAAGAAAGUAUUCUGUGAAUGCUCCUUUCACUUGUCGUCCACCUUCGCGAGCUGUACAGGUAUUUCGCGAUGUUCAGCUGUCACAGAGUGACGGAGUGCCUCCACUGGCUCCGGCCCGGGGGGACUGGUUCUGGCUCCAAAACGCCGUCCGGCAUUUCCCUCAGGGUUCAGGCGGAGCUGGACAGCUCCUUGCCGGCGCUCAGCGCAUCGAUCAGAACCCUGAAGUGUGCUACUGACUCCUGGGACACUGACGAGAUCUUGCGGGCUGUAGCGAGUGUCCUCCAGCUGGUAGAAGAAGCUUGGCUCCUGCCCACCAUCGGACGGCAGGUCGCCGAUGAAAUCUGCAAUAAAAUCCGCCUUGAUGGAGGCUUGGAGCUCAUUUUGCAGCUGAUUCAGUCACCGGAUAUAGAAAUCACGUACGCGGCUGCCAGGGUGCUUGAGCAAAUACUGGUUGCAGAGAACAGGGACUACAUGGCCAGGAUGGGCCUCGGGGUGAUCCUGAACCUGAGCCGCCAGCAGAGAGACCCCCAGCUGGUUCACAGUGUGUCUGGCAUCCUGGAGCACAUGUUCAAGCACUCGGAGGAGACAUCCUGCCAGCUCAUCGAUAACGGGGCACUGGACGCCUUGCUGUUUUGGUGCCGGGGCACGGAUUCCCGGGUUCUGCGUCACUGCGCUGUGGCACUGGCUAAUUGCGCCAUGUACGGCGGGCACAGUUGUCAGCGUCUUAUGAUCGAGAAGCAAGCAGCGGAGUGGCUUUUCCCACUGGCGUUCUCUGAGGAGGACAAGCUGAUCCGGUUCCAUGCCUGCCUGGCAGUGGCCCUCCUGGCAGCCAACCGGGAGUUGGAGAAGGAGGUGGUGCGCUCGGGGACACUGGAGCUUGUGGAGCCCUUCAUCUCAUCACUGGACCCUGAUAAAUUUGCCCAGGCCCUGCAGGACAGUGCCGACUGCAUGCAGGGCCGUACCGCCGCUGACCUGCAGCACCUGCUCCCCCUGCUGGACGGAACCCGAGCUGAGGGGAAGUGCAUCGCAGCCUUCUACCUCUGCGUGGAAAGCAGCAUUAAAUCACACCAGGGCAACACCAAGAUAUUCCACGAGAUUGGCGCGGUGCAGAGCCUGAAGCGCAUCGUCAUGUACUCGGGAAAUGGCACUGCCAGGCGCCUGGCCACACGGGCACUCGCCAUGAUGUCUGAGGAUGUCCCGCGCCGCGUCCUUCCCUCAGUGGCCAACUGGAAGAGCGGUGAAGUACAGAAGUGGCUGAAGCAGAUCGGCUUCAGCGCCUACUGUGAGCGCUUCCAGGAGCUCCAAGUGGAUGGAGACCUGCUUCUCAACAUCACGGAUCAUGAUCUCUGCCAUGACCUGGGCAUGUCACAAUGCCUGGCUCGCAAGAGGUUCGUCAGAGAACUUCGAGUCCUGAAAACCUAUGCCGACUAUUCGAUGUGUGACCCCAACAACCUGGCGGACUGGCUGGCCACCGUGGACCCGGCUUUCCGGCAGUACACCUACAGUCUGGUCCAGUCCAGGGUGGACCGCCAGAACCUGCUCCAGAUCACAGACCAGCAGCUUGAGUCUGAUUGCCAUGUAGCAAACGGCAUCCACCGGGCCAAGAUUUUAUCUGCGACCAGACGCUUCUCCAAGCCAAGCCUUGUUGAUUCUGGGCCAGACGGCCCAGAUGUCUUCAUCAGUUACAGGAGGACCACUGGCUCCCAACUGGCCAGCCUGCUGAAGGUACACCUACAGGUGCGAGGCUUCAGUGUUUUCAUUGAUGUGGAGAAACUGGAGGCGGGGAAGUUUGAGGAGAAGCUGAUUCAGAGCGUCCAGCGAGCAAGGAACUUCAUCCUGGUGCUGUCGGCCAAUGCGUUGGACAAGUGUAUGGGGGACGAGGCCAUGAAGGACUGGGUGCACAAGGAAAUCGUCACGGCGUUGAAUAGCCAGAAAAAUAUCGUUCCCGUCAUUGACAGCUUCGUGUUCCCUGAGCCUGGCACCUUGCCAGCUGACAUGAGGCCCAUUCUCAACUUCAAUGGCAUUCAGUGGUCUCAUGAGUAUCAGGAGGCGACCAUCGAGAAAAUCCUACGUUUCCUGAAGAGACCCACCAGCCAUGACCAGGUGGAUUGCCAGGAGAGCGUUCAGGAAUCACCAAGGCCUUAGUGUAGACUGGAUCCACCCUGGCAUCGUGUUCCCUGACUGCAUCGCUUGUGAUCCUGCCCUCUCUAGAUCUGCUCUGAACAUGCUCACCACUCUAAUCCCAGUAGGCCAGUCUCAUUGUGAAAUUUCUACUGGAGACUGGCAAACUUCACCCUUCUCUCAGGAACCUAAAGAUAGAAACCUUGUGCCUCUGAAACCCCCAAGCUGUAUAAAUAGUAGAGUUACUUGCCCUACCUUAUGUGCCCUAAUGUUAAAGGUCAUUUGCCUCUGAAUAUGUAUAUUGUGUCAGCAUGGUCAUCCAGUUCUACUCCUGAACUGCUGGGCAUAGGUGUGAUUUGUACCCCCCUCAAUGGUGCUGAAACUAACUAAUGGCAGACAUCCAUCCACAAUGAUACUGUAUAACAUUCAAAUAGGCUUCAGUCAUCCAAUAAGAAAACAGGAGACAUCUGAACUGAGAUUGGUGUUUGAUUCUAAAGUGAUAGAGUUCCUUGCCAAUAGGAAAAGGCCUCUUCACUAAAUCAGCCUGAUGUUGCACUUCUCAUGUUAAGCUGGACCUUAUACAGAUGUUCCACACUUUACCAUACUUACCAUAUUUUGACUUUAUUAACCAGUUUUAUUUUGCGUAGCGCAUUUUCACAACAUUACAUUGUCUUGAAGUGCUCUACAUUAUCCCUGCCCAAAGCCCCCAGUGAGCAAGCCAGUGGCAAGGAAGAACUCUCUAGAAGGAAGACACCUCAGGAAGAGCCAGACUCAAAGGGGGGGGGGGGGGGGGGCAUCCUCCAGGCCAGCACAGGAAGUCAAAUGAACAGGAUGGCAGAAUCCUAAUCUACACUGUCCAAAUUUUAAAAUUUGAAGUGAAUGCUGUAUGUAAGCUCCGGCAGAUAUGGCUGUGGCAGCAUAAGUAGGAGGGAGAGGCAGGUGGGAACGCAGGCAUGGGGAGUCCCUGUACAUCAGCACUCCAAUUCCACAAGGGGGCGUGAAGCGUGAGUGACAGACUGACAGUUCAACUCAUCCAAAGCCAAUGGCACCGAUCCCCAGCCAGCCCUGCACCUCAGUGUGGGCCGUGGAGUGAGUGGUUAGUUGUUAGAACCAGAACUGCAGGCCCUAUAAGCUGCACUUAUAGAGACUCUUCCACAGUUCUGUAAGAGAACGCUCUGCAGCCUGCCGUACUUCUUUAUACUCUAUGUACUAAUACUGUAGUUAUCCUGCUCCUAGGGAUCGAAGCAGGUUACAAUGGUGCAAUAGCGAUGCACAUGCCGUACUUUCUACUGAUGCUCGACAGUGACAUCAUCCAUCCAGCCACGUUGCCACACAGUGAGGGUAAACAUGUCAUGCAGUGUUCAGCGAUGUAUCAUACCGUGUUAUAUUCUGUUUAACCAAAUACUUACUUCAGUGACAGUAAUUAUUUAGUUAUAUCUGGCUUAUGAUAUAUUCAACUUAAAGCAGGUUCAUCAGAACCUAAACCCCAUUGUAAGUCGAGGAGCACCUGAACUGACACUGUACUAUGUACUAUAAUAUAUUACAUUACUAACUGCCCAUUCUCUCAGUGUAGAGGUAUAGGGUAAUAUGACAUCAGUAAUAAAAACAUCUCUAUAUUUAGCCUACUUUAGCUUACCGUUUAACCAUGAAUCCAAAUGCUGAACUGGUGGAUCUAACCUGCAUUGAUGUGAGCUUCAGAAUUGACCAGUGCUGUCAGAUGUUAGGAUGAGCUCUGGCAGCAAGCAUAAUAUGGUUUUGUUUGUUGGAAAUGUUAAAACGGCAUUAAAAUGUUCACACUGCAUGUGAGGGUGUGCAGUAUUUACCAGAUGCUUUAAGCACCAUCUCCCCUUGGCCACCCCAGCUGCUUAGAGCUGGUUGAUAACUCCGUCAAGUUUCUUGAAGCCACCUGACACUGAACCAGGCCUGACUGUGGUCAGGAGCAGCAUGGCGGUCAGCUGACUCUGGUUUUCAGGUUGUGCAUCUCUCAUGCUGAGGGCUGUUUCCAUCCAUCCAUCCAUCCAUACCUUUGCCUUAAUAUACAUUAGAUGUAUUCAGACAGAAACCAGCAUGCUGAACUCCUAAAUAAAAAAAAUGCCAACACAGAAU